UGUGGGCAGGAGAUAAGCACUUUCUCCCUUUGAAGUUCCAUAAUCCUGCCUCCUCGCACAGUGUGGUGGCCAUUGCAAGGUACUCUGGCUGGCAAAUAGCCUACAUUCUAUGGGGCUACCUCGUCAUCCACGUGGUGCAGAGCUUGUGCGGCGUGGGGAUCAUGUACGGCCUGGUGCUACCCGUCACCCAAACCAGGGCCUGGAGCUGCUCCAAGGUCUGGGCAUCGGGAUGAGAGCGUUCCACAACUUCAACUAUUUCCUGUUCUUCUACAACGUGCUGCUGGGCCUGGGCGCCUGCCUCUCCAGGCUGUUCAUCAGCUGCAUCCUGGGCACGUGGCUCAUCGCACGCAUUGACAGGACCAUCAUGCAGAGCGGCUACGAGGCAGCAGACAUGGGGUUCAGCGCAUGGAUCGGCAUGCUCUAUGUGGACCAUUAUCACACCAACCCCGUGCUUGUCAGCUUUUGUCACAUCCUGAUCACAGACCACAGGGAGAGGAAGCUGCAGCAGGCCAUCAAGUACCUAAAUCCAUCCGCAGGUCCACGCAUCUCAGCCAGGUCCAGGACAAGGUGGCUUCUGCUGCAGACCCUGAUGAAAAAUCCCAGACUCAUCACACUCAGAAAACCAAAAUCAGGGCAUGGGUCCCAGGAGUUUACCCAGAUUCUGCUAAAUUGCUCAGAGUGGGACCAAACUCCAGACGCGUCUCCCGGACAACCGCUUCGCUGCAAGAGCCUCCAGCCAGCUGCCAGGAUGUCGUCGGUGGGGAAGGUGACCCGGGUUCAGAAUGGAAAUGUCUACCAGCAGAUCUUCGAGGCAGAGGUACAGCUAAUCCAGUCCCUGGCAGUCGCCAGGCAGCGGGCUGCAGAGCAUUCUGUGACCCUAAAGAGUGGUAAGAUGCCCAUGAUGAAGAAGACGGAGAUUCCUAAUGGAGAGAUGAUGACUCCUCGGCAGCGGAAGUGGGCGCACAGCCUCCCCAAUGACUGGAUCACAGAAAACCCUGUUCUUUACAGGGAAAAGGAAAUAGCCCACAAAGAAAAGAUCCGAGAGAGUGAGAGCACCAUUGCGGCCAGAGAAGUGCAUGGGCUCACGGACAUUAUGGUUCCUGAGAAGAUAAACACUGUCGCCCUUAAAGGGCGAGAAGACUACAAGAAAAGGAACUAUGAGAGCGCCCUGGCCAGCUUUGAGGAGGAGAUUGUGCAGAUUGGGAUGGAAAUGGAACCUCUAAUUUUGGAGACAGGGAGACUUUUUUUGGAAAAACUAUCUAACUCUAAUGAAGACAUCACCAAUCUCUUCAGAAAGGUGGAAGAUGACACCAGCUUUGAGGACUACACUAUGCAGACCCUAUCGGACCUCUGGGAUAAGGUGGCCAAGAUAUUCCGGCUCCAGAAGCAGAAGAUCAAGGGGCUGGAUAAAGAGCUGCACUCCCUGGAGUUCUCCCGAGCCAACAAACUAAAAAGCGUGUUGAAGAAGUAUGCGAGAAUCAUAGAGAACACUUCCUACCUCAUGCAGCCUGAUGUGAACAGGCUGAUAGAUAAAGAAGCCAUGGUCAUGAACCAUGCCCUGCUGGGCAACCGGAGGUCCCUGGCCCAACUGUUAGUCAACCUGAUGGAGGCUACCCUGCAGGAGGAGCUGAACAGCCGCCGCCGCUGGCAGGGCCUGGUGAACGCCUGGAAGAAUUUCAAGAAGGGGACUUUGCUGCAAAGUUUCAGAGACUUCAUGGCCAGUGAGGAUAUCCAGUCUCCUCCAGCUGUGAAGAAGGAAGUAGAUGGCAUGCUGCAGACCCAGAGCAACAUGCAGCAGAAGAGGCUGGAGCAUCUCUGCACUAUUUGUGACCUCCUGCCCCCCAAUUACAACAAGACUCAGUUGACUGAGUGGCAUUUAUCUCUCAAGGCCCUGAACAAGCAGCUUGACACCUACCACAUGGACUGCCUGAUGCGCAUCCACUUGCAGUAUGAGAAGACCUGGGAGGAGUGCCUGACCCGCAUGCGGGACUGCAAGAAGCAGCUGCUGGACUGGAAAGUCUGCACUGAGGAAGAGGCUGAAACCCUGGUGAACCAGUCCUUCUUCCAGACGAUGGGAGGGCUCCAGGCCAAGGUGGAGGAGGAACUGGAACUCUUGGACAAAUCCUUCGAGUCCCUGGCAAAGCAGACCGAGUGGCAAACCACAGAUCUCUUCAACUACUUCAAGGAGGCAGUGCAGCUGUGGGAAACCCACCAGGCCAAGCUGUCCACGCAGGAGCUGGAGCUGGAGAAGAGGAUGGAGCAGCACCAACAGAAGUACAACCAGGAGAACCAGGCUCUGGAGUCCCACCUUGAUAAGAUCGUAGACCAACUGAGGCAGCAGAGCCGUGAAGAAACACUGGCAUUUCACCUGGAAAAGGCCAAAGAUUUUCUGCAGACCAUGAAAUCCAGGUAUAAAUGUUUUCAUGUGCUCCUGUCGAAGGAAGUAAUGGAGUACCCAGUGAUCAUACUGAAAGAACUCAACUCCUACAGCUGCACCCUCAGCCAACACUUCUUCGUGCGUGAAAUCUUUGAACAGAACUUGUCUGGAGAAGUCAUUUUAAAAUUCAGGGAACCAGAAAUACAUGAAAAGAAAUUCCAGAAGACAAUUAGAAGAACAAAGAAAGUGCCAAAGGUUAAAGUGGAAGUAAGCAAAAGCGAGGAAAGCAUAAGCAAAGAGACAGAAGAAAAGACAGAAGAAAAAGAUCAAGAAUCAGAGUCCUCCAUAACUAAAGAGGUCCUGAGCCAGCAGGAAAAGUCUGCACUGAGUGAUGAAAUGGAUGAGUCCAAAGAGAGCUCUAUUCAAGGAUCAGAUGAAAUGCAGGUGGAAAAAGAGAGCUCCUUGAAAUCAUCUCUGAACCAGAAAAAUGUGAUGUUUCAAGGGGAAGAAGAAGAGAGGGAGGAAGAGGAGGAAGAGGAAGAGGAGGAAGAGGAAGAGGAGAAAGAUGAGGGAGAUGAGGAAGAGGAGGAGAAUCAGCAGAAGGAGGAGGAGGUAAGAGAGGAACAAGAGAGUUUAUCAGUGGGUGAGGAUGAAGACAAUGAAGAGACUGUGGAGGAGAUAUACUAUGAGGACAUGGAGUUCUUCCAAACCUCUAGUGGAAACAUGUAUUUUGUCUUCAUGUCCCUGGAAAAAGAAGAGCUUAGCAGGAAGCCCCACGGCAGCUUCUCAGUCCUGCUCAUCGAAGACACUUCCAAUGCCAACUUCAUAGAACAAGCAAUAAUUCCAUCCAAACUAGUUUUAGAAAUUAAGAAACAACUUCGAGCUGGCUUUUUUGAACACCUGGAGAAGUGGUUUGACCAAUGUUCCCUCAAUACCCAGCUCGUCGUGGCCACGAAAAUUGAUGAGCUGGAUUCAGAACUGGAGCUGCGUCUGCACCUGCACCAUCCAAGAGCCCAGAACAUUGAAAGGGACAUCCACAAUGUCAGGGCAGCUGAGCUCUUGCUUCAUCAAGAGCGGUUGGACAGCCACUGUGGCGGCGUGAUUGAGACCCUGAAGAAGGAGAGGCUGAUGUUCGGCCAGUUCCAAGAAGAGCAAAACACAAGGAGCAAAAACUUCCGCCGCAAGAUUUACGACAUGGAGUACAACUUCUUGAAUGCCACCAAGAGCCAGAAGCUGGUCAUUCUCACCAGCGCGCUGCACCAUGAGCUGCUUAGCUACAUCGAUGUCACCCAGGUGUCCCUGCGCAGCUUCCGGCAGUACUUGGAAGAGAGUUUGGGCAAAGUCCGCUGCACAAACAUCGAGUUUGUCAAACACUGCAGAUUGUUUUCGGAGGGAGGCAACUUUUCUCCUGAAGAGAUUAACUCCCUGUGUCAUCGCCUAGAGAAGGAAGCUGCUCGGAUAGAGUUCGUUGAGAGCUUAAUCAUGCUCUAUAUGGAGAAGAUGGAGAACGAGUACCUGGAUCAGGCCUACGAUGUCAUCAACAAGUUUGAAGGUAAAUUCCAUAACUUGUCCGUGGACCUUAUUUUCAUAGAGAAAAUCCAGCGGUUGCUGACCAAUCUGCAGGUGAACAUCAAGUGCCAGGUGGCAAAAUCCAAUUCGCAAACAGAUCAAUUAAAUUCUUCUCUGGAACAGCUUCAGCAAAAGAUAGAAAUUUGUCGAGACCCAAAGAGUGAUAAAACAGUGGCGCACACAGAUGGACUCCUUGCCUUUGUCCGAACGUGGAAAGAAAAACUGAGCCAGAGGAUUCAGUACCUCAACUGCAGCCUGGACAUGGUGUCUCAAGUGGAUUUUACUGACCCCAUCUUAACUGACAUGGAGGAGGAGAGUGACAUCAUGGUAUAUUCAGAAGCACAAGAAGAGGAAGGCAAGGUGGACCUGGUCACCCCUGAGUCCUUUGCCCAGCCAACCCGCCUAGGGAAGCCCAUGACUGAAGACCCAGUUGUGGAGGUGAUCAAGAAGAUCCUGCAACAUCCCAACUCAAAAUGGACAACCCAGAACAGUGACAAAGAUCGGGGCCAGACAGGUAGAGGCAUGCAGGCCUGAGGCUGGGGGCAGCAGUGGGGAAGCCAGUGCUGUGUGGCCCAUCCUCCCUUCCUAUCUUCACUCUCAUCCUGGUUCUUGUUACACAAAGGCCUGAAGCGUCAUCGGGGUCGGCCGGACAGCUCUGGGAGGAAGGCCCUGCCCAGUGGCAGCACCACUUCUGCAAUUAGCCUCACAAGGCACUGCAAGCCCAACAGAUUGGACAAAAAGUACCAGGUGCUUGGGGAUAAACCGCCACAACCAGGGGAGAAUUUUAAAGCAAUCAUCAUGACCCUCCUCUGGGAGAGCAAUGAGCACCUACUGGCCAUCGCGGAGGAAUUUUACCGCAAAGAGAAACACCCAGUAACCAGACCUGAGUACAUGUGUGAAACCUUUGACCAGUGCGCUGACAGCAUCUGCAAGAAGAUCCUGGAGUAUCAGAGCCAGGCCGAGGAGUACCACAACUCCUGCCUCCUAGAAUUACGGGCCCAGAUGAGAAGAUUUGAGGAGCUGCUGCCCCAAGUGUGUUGGCUGGUGAUGGAGAAUUUCAAGGACCAACACUGGAAAAAAUUUUGCUCCUCCAUGAAAGAGAUGAGAGGACAGUUUGAGGAACAGCAGAAGCAGCUAGAGAAAAGAAAGGAUGAAAAUGCUCAGAAGCUCCAUCCAAAUCUUGGACACCCUGUAUAUUACCAAGAAAUAAAGUCUCUACAACUAGCAGAGGAGGAAAGGCAGAAAGAGCUGGACAACGCAAUUAGCAUGAACAAAGAGAAGCUGGAGGAAUUUACCAGGAAGUAUGGCCGGUUUUUCAUAGGCAACUUGGCCGCCUUCACUGAGAAGUUCCUGCUGCAGUUGGAUGAAGUGGUCACCAUCGAUGAUGUCCAGGUUGCAAGGACGGAGCCCACCAAGCAGAAAAUGUCAAUCCUCAUAAGGAGGAAGCUCACUGGGCUCUCCCUGGAGGAGGAGAGUGAGAAGCCCCUGACUGAACGUGGGAGCAGGAAGUGGCCAGGAAUCAAACCCAAUGAAAUCACCAUUCAAAACAAGAUUCUUGUCCGGAAAACAGUGUCAAUAACGACCACGAAAACCACCCUGGGCCACCUGGCGUCUGUGGAAGCCCGAGACGCUGUGUACCUGCAAUAUUUAGCAUUAUUUGAGGAGGAGCUGAAGAGGAUCCAGAAUGACAGCGUGUCUCAGGUGAAGGAAGCACAGCGCUGGAAGGACAGCUGGGAGCGGUCCCUGCACACCAUCCAGGGCCUCUACUUGUGACACCCUCCACC